CCUUUCAAAGACAGCUUAUGUCAAAGCCCUUAUAAUGGAGUCCUAGGAUUAGCUUCUCUUCUCCUUUCGUUCUUUGGAUUUUUUUUUCUUUCUUCACCAGUUCGUCGUUCGCCGGGAAUUCCCCGAUUCCGUCGCCGCUGGACUCUGAGAUUAUGUUUGAUGGCCAAGGGCCGGAAACUGACGACCAGCCGCAGCGAAAGGCUGCUCGGUAGUGGUGCCUACAGCUACGGUCACAGCCAAGCUGAGUCUAACGGUACGGACUCAUCGGAGCUCGGCGAAGAUGAUAUAUGGUCGUCGAUGGCGGUCGAAAACGACGGGUCCGAACGAGGGGGUGACCACUCCACCGCCUCCAACAACGGCGGCGAGUGGAGCCCACUUGCCUCUGCCGCCGAGAGCAAUGGGAAUAGUAUCGCGAUCAGGAGCCGCCGUCGAAUCACCAGGGACGACCGACAACUGGGAGGGCUUUCUUUGGCCUUCGACGAAUCGGGUAAAACGGCGUCGUCAAGGAUCGUGCACCAGUUCCGCGGGAAUGACAGCGUGGCGUCGUCUCCAUGUGGACACCACAUGGCCACGUCGGCACCGGUGAACGUGCCGGACUGGAGCAAGAUACUCCGAGUCGAGUCGGUGGAGUCGCUGCACGAGCUCGACGACGGUUGGGACGAUCACGACUCGGAGAUGGUCCCACCGCACGAGUACUUAGCGCGUGAGUACGCGAGGAGUGGGAAGGCGGCGGCUACUUCUGUUUUCGAAGGCGUGGGUCGGACCCUCAAGGGUCGGGAUUUGAGCCGGGUUCGGGAUGCUGUUUGGAGCCAAACCGGGUUUGAUGGCUGAAAAAUUAAACUUUAUAGAUUAGUGCAGGAAGUCUUUCAUCGAUAAAAAGAAAUUGUGAUUGAUUUUGGGGGACAUGCAUAGAGGUUGAUUUUGUUGUUGAAAUUGCUAUUUCUUUUCUUUUUUUUCUUUUUUUUCUUUUUUUUUUCUUGGGCAAUGAUUCAUCCGCGUUGACUCGGUUAAUUCCAAUUUAACUCGGUUGCUAGUGAGCCCAAAUCCCAAUUCUGAAUUUCUUAUUGAGGUCCUCCAUUUGUGUCCGGUGUUGAAAUUUGGAAAUUUGUGUUCAACGUUUUUAUUUUAUUUUUUAUUUUAGUGGUAUAAUUGAUAAUCUCACAAGUGUAAGCAAACGCCUUUGAAGUUUGUUUAA